AUGUUGAUGAGUUGGUUGAUGAGUUUGAAGAAGGUUGCUGAGAAAGAGAAAGUGGAAGAUGUGAAAGAAGAAGAAGCUGUUACUAAAAAACAGGAGAAUGAAGAUGAUUUGAAGAAGAAAGAAGAAGAUGGUGUGAAGCUGGAAAGAUCGGUUAAAGCAGAUGAUGCCGAGGAACAGCAAGAGAAAGAAGUUGCUCAGACACAGACAGCAGAGAAAGCCGAGGUGCCAAUCACUGAGAAAGGUAUUGGCUCAGAGUAUCAUCAGGUUCCACCACCGUUUGAGGAAAAAUUCACAUUCUAUGAUGACGAGAAGGUGGAAAAAACUUUCAACAUGGUUGAUCAAUUGCCUGAUAAUAUUGACGUAACAUAUUCCAAAUCUGAUGAUUCUAGUGAUUCAGAGGUGGUAGAAAAAGCCGUUGAAAGUGUUUUGAAAGAAGAGUCGGUGCUCCAACAGAUGGUUGAAUGUCAGAAGAAACAGAGGAGCAGCCUGGCACAGGAGGAGGCUGCUAGUCCCUGCAACUGA